AUGCGGCGAUCGGGCGCGUCCGCCGCGUCCGUGGAGGAUGGGGACGGGAAAGGAACGAAAAGGGUCAGGUCCGAGGCGGACGUCCGGUGGAUGUACUACGCCAAGGCGUUGACGUACCUCCUCGCGUGGUCGCUGGUCUCCGGUCUGAUCAUCAUCCUCAACAACUGGAUCCUUCACUACGACCACUUCCCGUUCCCGAUCACGCUCUCGGCGUCGGGGCCGCUCUUCUCGUGGCUUGUCGCCGCGACCUUGGUCGCCACCGGGCACACCAAGCUCGAGCGGCGGAUGACGUUCGGGCUGUGGCUUCGCAACAUCUUCCCCAUCGGCUUCUUCACCGCCAUCACCUACGCCACCGGAAACGAGCUGUACAUGUUCCUGUCGGUGUCGUUCAUACAGAUGAUGAAAUCGCUGUCGCCGAUCGUGGUGUUGUUCUUGUUGGUGCUGUUUCGGCUGGACGUGCUGACGCGGGAGAAGCUGGCGGGAGUGCUGAUCAUGUCGGUGGGGAUGAUAAUCGCGUGCUUCGACGAGCCGACGUUUUCAAUGUGGGGCAUCGCGCUCAUGGUCGUGGGCGAAGCCGCGGAGGCGAUGCGCAUGGUGUUUUUCCAGCACCUCCUCGGCCAGCAGCAGUUUGGUCUCAUCGAAGGCCUGUUCUACACGUGCCCGGCGAACUUUUUCUUCCUCUGCAUCGGCAUCGCCGUCUUCGAGGAAAAGUCCCUCACGGAACCGGAAAAUUACGGUCGCGUGGUGAACAACCCGCUGCCGUACGUGGUCGUGUCGUGCAUGGGAUUCGGGGUGAUUCUCACCACCCUCGGCGUGAUUCAGACGUGCGGGUCGCUGACGUUCAAGGCGGCCGGGCAGGUUCGAAACGUGGGCAUCGUGUUCGUCAGCAUCGUCAUGUUCGGCGACGUGGUCACGGCGCAGCAGGCGUGCGGGUACGCCAUCAACUUGAUCGGCUUUUUCAUGUAUCAAUACGUGAAAUCGAGGGAGGACCUGGCGGCGCUGGAGGCGAAACGGGUGGAGGCGAUGGGCGGUGGUGAGCCGGGGGGUGGUGAGAGCGGCGGGGCGUCGGCUGGCGAAGGAGGCGGCGGAGGCGGCGGGGGCGGUGAUGAUGACGACACGCGGCCGCUGUUGCGCGGGGGCGCCGGCGACGACGAUUACGGAAGCGGCGGUGGCGCGGGUGGGGGCGCGGGGCGGUCGGACGCGGACUCGACGCCCCUGCGGCGGAUGCCCAGCACGCCGGUGUUCUCCAACGUGGCGCACAGAUAG